AACUUCUGAAUCAAUUAAGUACUUUUGUCCAAUUAUUACUAUUAUAGUUAACGAAAAUGGCUGGUGCUUUAGAAAAUGCUCGUAAAGAAAUCAAGCGUCUUGCUAUAGAUGAUCUUGCUGAAUCUCAAUAUGGUUCUAUCUAUUCUGUCUCUGGUCCAGUCGUCAUUGCUGAAAAUAUGAUCGGUUGUGCCAUGUACGAAUUAGUUAAGGUUGGACAUGAUAACUUAGUUGGUGAAGUUAUUCGUAUUAAUGCCGAUAAAGCCACUAUCCAAGUUUAUGAAGAAACUGCCGGUGUCACUGUUGGUGAUCCUGUUUUAAGAACUGGUAAACCAUUAUCAGUUGAAUUAGGUCCAGGUUUAAUGGAAACCAUUUAUGAUGGUAUUCAAAGACCUUUAAAAGCCAUUAAAGAACAAUCUCAAUCCAUUUAUAUCCCAAGAGGUGUGGAUGCUCCAGCUUUAUCUAGAACUGUUCAAUAUGAUUUCACUCCAGGUAAAUUAAAGGUUGGUGAUCAUAUUACUGGUGGUGAUAUCUUUGGUUCUAUCUUUGAAAACUCUUUAUUAGAUGAUCAUAAAAUCUUAUUACCACCAAGAGCUAGAGGUACCAUUGCUUCCAUUGCUGAAGCUGGUUCUUAUACCGUUGAUCAAAAUGUUUUAGAACUUGAGUUUGAUGGUAAGAAACAUUCUUAUUCUAUGAUGCAUUCUUGGCCUGUCAGAGUUCCAAGACCAGUUGCUGAAAAGCUAUCAGCGGAUUAUCCAUUAUUAACAGGUCAAAGAGUUUUGGAUUCGUUGUUCCCAUGUGUUCAAGGUGGUACUACUUGUAUUCCAGGUGCUUUCGGUUGCGGAAAAACCGUAAUUUCACAAUCAUUAUCCAAGUAUUCGAACUCUGAUGUUAUUAUCUAUGUAGGCUGUUUUGCUAAAGGUACUCAAGUCAUGAUGUCUAAUGGUGACGAUAAGAGUAUUGAAGAUGUUGCUAUUGGUGAUAAAGUUAUGGGUAAAGAUGGUCUUCCAAGGGAAGUCGUUGCUUUACCAAGAGGUAGAGAAGUUAUGUAUGAAGUUUCUGAAAAGACCCAACACAGAGCUGAAAAGAUUUAUGGAACAACUACAUACACUUGUAAUGCCACCCAUAAAUUAGUUGUUCAAACCAAUCAAAGAAUUAAUAUGACUAAUCAUGUUUUGCGUGGUGAGCCUCAAACUUCUGUCACUUAUUUUGAAUUGAGAGACAAGAAAGAUUCUACCGGUCGUCAAUAUAAGAUGCCAUAUUUAGCUACCAAAUCGUUUCAACAUAAGACACAUGGUCCAGAAAAUGCAAUUAGAAAAGCCAAUGAAUUUAGAAAUACAGUUUCGACCUCCAAUAUUAAUUGGACUGUUGAAGCUCGUGAUGUUGCCAAAAUGGGUCAUCAUGUCCGCCGUGCUACGAGACAAUUUUCUGCUCCUGUUUUAUUAGAAAACAAUGAAUUGGUUAAAUACAUUGAAAGAAAUGAUUAUGAUGGUUCAAUUGUAAACGAAAUGGCUUAUUUGCUUGGUUUCUGGGUUGGUGAUGGUUAUUCAGAGAGAGUAGCUUUUUCGGUCGAUUCAAGAGAUGAAGAAAUUAUUUCACGUAUCAAAGAUUGCGCAGAAGUUGCUGAUUUAGAAAUGAGAGAAAGUCAUUACAAGGCUUCCCGUGAUUCUACAAUUUCUUUACACAACACUGAAACCCGUGGAAAGGGUAUUCGUCGUAAUCAAAAUACCAACAAUUUAUUGUGGUCUUUACUUAGAGAUAUUUUUGAAUGGGAUGGCAAGAAGCUUUUAAAAUCAGUUCCUAGCUUUUUCCGUUCUGAAUCUAUUGAAGUUAGAGAAUAUUUCGUUGCUGGUUUAGUUGAUUCCGAUGGUCAUGUGAAGAGGGAUGAAUUAACAAAUAGUUGUCUCAGUGCUACUGUUAAAACAAUUUAUCCUGCAGUUAGAGAUGGUCUUGUUGCUGUUGCCCGUUCUUUGGGUAUUUCAACUUCAGUUUCGACUGAAGCAGCAAUUGUCGUUGGUGGUGUCCAUCAUCAAGAGUCCUAUGCUAUUUACAUGGGAGCCUCUUCUACUUUAGAUUCUGUACUUUGUAAAUGUGCAGCCCCUCGUAAGAAGGCUUUAGAACCAGUUGGAGUUACUCGUGAACCUCAACAAUUCAGCUUCUACCUUCAAGAAAAGGAUGUUGAUGAUUAUUAUGGUAUUACCCUUGAAGAUGAUUCCGAUCAUCAAUUCUUAUUAUCAAACUCUGCCUUAGUUCAUAACUGUGGAGAGCGAGGCAAUGAAAUGGCAGAGGUCUUGAUGGAGUUCCCAGAGUUAUUUACAGAGAUUUCUGGAAGAAAGGAGCCAAUUAUGAAGCGUACAACUUUAGUUGCAAAUACUUCGAAUAUGCCAGUCGCGGCACGUGAGGCCUCAAUUUACACGGGUAUUACUUUAGCCGAAUACUUCAGAGACCAAGGUAAAGAUGUUUCCAUGAUUGCUGAUUCUUCAUCUCGUUGGGCUGAAGCUUUAAGAGAAAUUUCCGGUAGAUUGGGAGAAAUGCCUGCUGAUCAAGGUUUCCCAGCUUAUUUAGGGGCCAAAUUAGCUUCUUUCUACGAACGUGCUGGUAAAUCUAUUGCAUUAGGAUCACCUGAUAGAGUUGGUUCAGUUUCUAUUGUUGCUGCUGUUUCCCCUGCCGGUGGUGAUUUCUCUGAUCCAGUUACUACUUCUACUUUAGGUAUUACUCAAGUUUUCUGGGGUUUAGAUAAAAAAUUAGCUCAAAGAAAGCAUUUCCCAUCGAUUAAUACUGCUGUGUCAUAUUCCAAAUAUACCAAUGUUUUAAAUAAAUAUUAUGAUUCCAAUUAUCCUGAAUUCCCAGCUUUAAGAGAUAAAAUCAGAGAAAUUAUUUCCAAUGCUGAAGAAUUAGAACAAGUGGUUCAAUUAGUGGGUAAAUCUGCUUUAUCUGAUUCAGAUAAGAUUACUUUAGAUGUGGCCAAUUUAAUUAAGGAAGAUUUCUUACAACAAAAUGGUUAUUCUACAUAUGAUGCUUUCUGUCCAAUCUGGAAGACAUUUGAUAUGAUGAGAGCUUUUGUAUCUUAUUAUGAUGAAGCUCAAAAAGCCGUGGCUAAUGGUGCUCAAUGGUCUAAAUUGGCUGAAUCUACUUCUGAUGUUAAACAUAAAGUUUCAUCCGCUAAAUUCUUUGAACCAUCAAGAGGUGAAGUAGAAGGUAAAGCUGAAUUUAAUACUUUAUUAACUUCUAUUUCUGAAAGAUUUGCUGAAGCUUCUGAAUAGAUUAGUCUUUCGACCCUCUUUUUUUUAGUUAUUUAAUUCUUUUUGCCCCAUUUUUUAUACAUUUUAUUAUUACUUUAUCUCAUGUUGUCUUUUAUUUUGCACAUUCUUAUAUCAUUUAAAGUUCUUUAAAUACGACUUUUCAAUAUAAAAUCAUUUACAUUUUUAAAAC